AUGAAAAACUGGACACUUACUGAAUUUAUCCUGCUGGGCCUCACAAGUCAACCUCAACUCCAAGUGGUGUUAUUCAUCUUCCUUUUACUUGCCUACAUAUUGAGUGUCUUAGGAAAUCUGACCAUCAUCAUACUCACUCUGGUAGAUCCCCACCUAAAGACCCCAAUGUAUUUCUUCCUCCGGAAUUUUUCCUUCUUAGAAAUUUCCUUCACAUCCAUUUUCAUUCCCAGAUUGCUGACCAGCUUGGUAACAGGAAAUAAGGUCAUCAGCUUUGCUGGAUGCUUGACUCAGUAUUUUUUUGCUAUACUUCUUGGGGCAACAGAGUUUUACUUCUUGGCCUCUAUGUCCUAUGACCGCUAUGUAGCCAUCUGUAAACCCCUGCAUUACUUGACCAUCAUGAGCAGCAAGGUCUGCAUACAACUCGUGCUGUUCUCCUGGAUGGGAGGAGUCCUGUCUAUCUUACCACCAGUCAUCUUAGUAAGUCAGAUUGAUUUCUGUGCCUCCAAUGUAUUGAAUCAAUAUUACUGUGACUAUAGACCCCUUGUGAAGAUUGCCUGCUCAGACACAAGCCACUUAGAACUGAUAGUCAUUUUCUUAGCUAUUUUGACUCUGGUGGUUACUCUGGUGCUAGUGAUAUUUUCUUACACAUACAUCAUCAGGACCAUUCUGAGGAUACCUUCUGCCCAGCAAAGGACAAAAGCCUUUUCUACUUGCUCUUCUCACAUGAUUGUCAUCUCCCUCUCUUAUGGCACCUGCCUAUUUUUAUACAUUAGUCCAUCACCAAAGAAAGGAGGUAACUUUGACAAAGAAAUAUCUCUACUCAUGACCUCAGUUAGCCCCUUGUUGAACCCCUUUAUUUACACCCUAAGGAAUCAACAGGUAAAACAAGCCUUCAAGAACACAGUAAAUAAGAUUGUAAAGUUUAAAUGA